UCCAGAAUCCGACGUUGCCUUCUCCAGGGCAAUCCCAAACGUAUCCCGAUGCACGCUGCAAGCUUGCUGUCUGCUGUAUCCACGAUGCCACCCCCAAGCCUGCGGCUGUGGCGGUACCUUUGUCAUGCCGGCUCUUGAUGUCAUGCCCCGCAUAUAAAGGGCAGUCACCGAUAGUCGUCUAAUUCCCACCUUUCAAGGACUUUACUCUGAGCGCCAUGUCUCCUCCCCACGGAUUCAGCUCUAAGCCAUCGACCGCGGCGAGGCGGCGCUUGUCGUCCAAGGCUUCGCUCACGAACAGGCCUACCUUCUCGAAGAUCACGACUCAGACAUAUGCCUCCCUCACCCCUAUGUGGGCUGGUAUCGCUGGCGCGCCCAUCAACAAUGGCAGUCAGUUCGAGCUCGCCAUCUCCGUCCACGACUCGGUGUACAGCACCGACUUCGCGUCGUUUGUCAUUGACCAUACGCCCUUGGACCCGGAGAAGGCCGCGAAGGAGAUUGAGAAACACGUCCUCGACGCCCUGCGCAAGUUCUCCCAGGAGCAUCUUUGCAAGUUCCUCGGCGCUGGUAUCACGUUGGCCCUGCUCCGCGAGAGCCCGAACAUCUGCACGCGCCUCUGGCUCGAUCUGGACAUUGUCCCCAUCGUAUUCAACAUCAAGCCGUUCCACACGGACUCGCUCACGCGUCCCAACAUCAAGCACCGCAUCUCGUCCACGUCCGGCUCGUACGUCCCGUCUGGCGCGGAGACGCCCACGGUCUACGUGGAGGCGUCCCACCUGGGCAACAACCUCAGCGCUGGUACCGCGAGCAAGCUCCCCAUCCCUCGCACGCUCGAUGAGCAGGCCGACUCCGCGGCGCGCAAGGCCAUCAUGUACUACGGGCCGAACAACAACCCCCGCCUCACCAUCGGCCCGCGCAACCAGGUCGCGGUCGACGCCGGAGGCAAGAUUCAUCUGAUCGACGAUAUAGAUGAGUACCGCAAGACGGUUGGCCCCUCGACCUGGACUGCGGUGAACAAGCUCGCGGACGAGCUACGCGAACGCCAAAUCAAGAUCGGCUUCUUCAGCUCUACGCCUCAAGGAGGUGGUGUCGCUUUGAUGCGUCACGCCCUGAUCAGGUUCUUCUCGGCGUUAGACGUCGACGCAGCGUGGUACGUCCCGAACCCAUCGCCCAGCGUCUUCCGUACGACGAAGAACAACCACAACAUCCUGCAAGGUGUCGCUUCGCCCGACCUUCGUCUCACGCAGGAGGCGAAGGACAACUUCGACGCAUGGAUCACUAAGAAUGGCCUUCGCUGGACUGCGGAGGGUGGUCCCCUUGCACCAGGUGGUGUGGACGUCGCAUUUAUUGACGACCCGCAGAUGCCGGGCCUCAUCCCGCUCAUCAAGAAAGUCCGGCCUGAGCUCCCCAUCAUCUACCGCUCGCACAUCGAGAUCAGGUCUGAUCUCGUGCACAUCGCGGGCUCGCCGCAGGAGGAGGUCUGGAAGUACCUGUGGAACAACAUCCAGUUGGCGGACUUGUUCAUCAGCCACCCCGUCAAGGCCUUCGUGCCCGAGGAUGUCCCCAUCGAGAGGGUCGCGCUGCUCCCCGCCGCCACCGACUGGCUCGACGGCCUCAACAAGGAGCUCAGCGACUGGGACCGCCAGUACUACAUGGGCGAGUUCCGCGCGCUCUGCCAGAAGGACAAGAUGAACACGCUCGACUGGCCGAACCGCGAGUACUGCAUUCAGAUCGCGCGCUUCGACCCGGCGAAGGGCAUCCCGAACGUCAUCGACUCGUACGCGCGCUUCCGCCGCCUGCUCAACGAGGCGGGCGACGUCGAGCCGGACGACCAGCCGCAGCUGCUCAUCUGUGGGCACGGUGCCGUCGAUGACCCGGAUGCGAGCAUCAUCUACGACCAGGUGUUGACUCUCAUCCACGAGAAGUACGCCGAGUUUGCGAAGGACAUUGUGGUGAUGCGUCUGCCGCCGUCUGACCAGCUCCUCGACUGCCUCAUGGCCAACGCCCGCAUUGCGCUCCAGCUCUCUACCCGCGAGGGCUUCGAAGUCAAGGUCUCUGAGGCCAUUCACGCCGGCAAGCCCAUCAUCGCCGCCACCACCGGCGGAAUCCCGCUCCAGGUCGAGCACGGCAAGUCUGGCUUCCUCACCGAGCCUGGCGACAACGUGCAGGUCGCGCGCCACAUGUACGACCUCUACACGGACGUCGCGCUCUACGACCGCAUGUCGCAGUACGCGCGCACGCACGUCUCGGACGAGGUCGGCACGGUGGGCAACGCGGCGGCGUGGCUGUACCUCGCCGCCGUGUACACGCGCGGGCAGAAGCUGGCGCCCAAGGGCGCGUGGCUCAAUGACCUGCUGCGCGAGGAGACGGGGACGCCGUACGUGGAGGGCGAGCCGCGUCUGCCGCGCGGGGGCAUCAAGGUGCAGGACUAGAUCGUCUGCAUAGAGGCGCGCCAAUGCGCGCGAUGUGGUGAAAUAGCUGGCUGGGAAAAUGAAUCGUACUCAAAGCUCCUUGGUAAUGUUUCUGGAUGACUCGCUCGUACACGAUAGAAUGUACUACUACGACCUAUAUUUCAAAAGCCCUCUUGUUAAUUGAAGACGUCCCCUUUCACUUCCUCGUUUGUGAUGCCUUCUCGAAAGACUGUAGGCACUCAACGUACUCAAUAGUUUGAACAUACCUCGUUGAUGCGAUCUGCCAU